AUGUCUGACUCUAAAUCGCGUCUAUUAUCGCAGAUCCCACUCAUAGCGAUGCCUGGUUCGUACGAGAAACCACGGCCCGUGACCCUGCCUUACGAUUUUGAGCAAUUACCGUCGUCAGUGGACACUUUCAAGCAACAGGAGGUCGAUAACUUAACUGCUCAGUUAAAGGAAUUGAAGCACAAACAACAGGAAACAGCAGCCAGGCUAAAUGCCAACUAUGGACAACCGGCAAUUGAACAGAAAUCGCAGAGCUUUGCUUCCUGGGAGCGAGAUAUACGUAGAGUUGCACCGGGAUAUUUUGGGGCUGACGGUAAAAUAGGCGUCAUGACUCCCACCAAGCAUCUGCGCGAGGAAGAGAAAAAACACAUGGAGGUAGACGAUCAGCAACAGCAAGACCCGGUACAGGAGCCGGCCAGCGUUCCGGAGGAACAGAUACGAAGCGCAAGCCACGAUCUGGCCAAUCUACGCAUUGAAUGA